CACUGUCAAAAUUGACAUUUUCACGUUCCGGCAAUCAAUUUUCACGAAAACAUGAAUUUAGGCGAUCAAUUUCCAAACUUUUCCGCUGAUACGACAGUUGGAAAAAUCGAUUUUCAUCAAUGGAUGGGAGAUUCGUGGGCGAUUCUCUUCAGUCAUCCAGCGGAUUUUACGCCAGUUUGUACGACAGAGUUGUCUCGCGUUGCCCAACUUGUUCCCGAAUUCCAAAAGAGAAAUGUGAAGCCGAUUGCUUUGAGUUGUGACUCUGUUGAUUCGCACAAAAAAUGGAUUGAAGACAUCAAAUGUUAUGGAAAAUGCUCAAACGAGGCAUUUCCUUAUCCAAUUAUCGACGAUGAAAAACGAGAACUUGCUGUGAAGCUCAAUAUGUUGGAUAAAGAUGAGAUUGGAAAAGCUGGAUUACCCUUGACGUGUCGUGCUGUGUUCAUAAUUGAUGCGACGAAGAAGCUGCGAGCCUCUUUGCUGUAUCCUGCGAGUUCAGGAAGGAAUUUCGACGAAAUCCUCCGUUUGAUCGAUUCUCUUCAACUGACAGACUCAAAUAAAGUUGCAACACCUGUUGAUUGGAAACACGGCGAAAAAUGCAUGGUUUUGCCGACAAUUAAAGAUGAAGACGUACCAAAAUUCUUCCCGCAAGGCAUCGAAAACGUCGAGGUUCCUUCUGGAAAGAAAUACAUCCGAAAAGUUCAAUUGUAAUGCGGCGUUUUGUGCUUAAUUUUGAUGAAAGUAAGAGAAAAAUUGGUGAAUGGGACUUAUAAAUCGCUAUAAAAAGAUGGAAAAAAUAAAUUUUCUAUGCAU